AUUUUCCUGAUUAUUUUCCUCAGAAAAGCAACACAAAAUAUCCAAUCCAAUCAUUAUGUUGGGUGGUGGUUCUCGUAUUUCACUGCACUUGCGUGAGUGUAGCCACCUCCACCUCCUCCACCACUACCAGCACCACCACCACCACAGCUUCAAUUUAGCCCCCUCCACCACCGCAAUCUCCUCCCCCCACAACCGUCAUCAGCUGCAGAGAAUGGUGUCUUACACUAGCAUCCAAUCCAAAUCCGCCGGUGAAAUACCCAUCAUGUCAUCCGAUUGUUUCAGCCAACAUGAAGAUGAUGAUCAUCAGCUUCCCCCUCAAGAAUUCUCCCCUGUUGCAGGAGGAAUAGUGGCUCUUGGAAAGUUUGAUGCUCUUCAUAUAGGUCAUCGAGAACUUGCGAUCCAGGCUUCGAAAGUUGGAACUCCGUAUAUUUUAUCUUUUGUGGGCAUGGCGGAGGUACUCGGAUGGGAGUCGAGGCCACCAGUAGUUGCCAAAUGCGAUCGGCAUAGGGUUCUUGCCUCUUGGGCCCAAUAUUGUGGUAAUGUAACUCCAUCGGAGUUCCAAGUUGAAUUUUCUAGUGUUCGGCAUCUCAGCCCACAGCAAUUUGUUGAGAAGUUGUCCAAAGAGCUCAAAGUAUGUGGAGUGGUUGCAGGAGAAAACUAUCGGUUUGGUUAUAAAGCUGCGGGUGAUGCUUCGGAUCUGGUGACGCUGUGUGAGGAAUAUGGUUUGGAGGCUUACAUUAUAAAUGCUGUUAUGGACAAGAAGCAAGAUCUUCGAAACAUGGAUUUGACAGAUAUAAAGAAUAAAGGACAAGUAUCAUCAACCCGUAUUCGUCAAGUUUUAGCUGUAGGUGAUAUGAAGUACGUGUCAGAACUUCUAGGACGUAGACAUCGGCUUAUGCUGAAGCUAAAAGGCCAUAAAGUAGUGACUACCAGUAGCAAUCAACAGAGGUUUUCGGCUCCCAGGUCAUGUUUCCUGAAUCUACCACCAAAGACUGGUUUCUAUAAGAACUGUUCUCUUUUUUUAGGCAAUGAGAACCCACUGACAUGUAGCGUAGUUAUUGACUCGACAUAUAUCCAUUUAGAAAUGGACGGUUUAGAUAUCAGUAGUUACAUUGGAUCUCCAGAUUUUCAGCUCGUCGGCGUUGAAUUUGGCGAUUGAGGAAUUCGUUGUACUUAUUUGGCUCUUAAUUUCUUUCAUUUUAAUAAAACCAAUUCUUAGAUGAGAAGUUUCAUCUAUUUAUAUCUUGGAAGAUGUUGUGUGUACACUUCAUAAGUGACUCUUUGUAGUCUAUCAAAUGAAAUAUAUUGUAUGUGUUACUUGGAAA